CAACCUCUGAAUAAACCAUGUUCGGGAAACGAACGAAAGAGACUUAAAGUGAAGCUGAGUGACGUCAUUGAUACACGAGAAACCUUAUCCAGUACCAUCCAUGAAUGCUUUGUCUGAAGUAAGAUAAAACUGCCAGAUACAUCCACCGCAUCAUCAUCUUCAUCUACCCCUUAUAAAUAUUGCCCCUUCUCUCUUGAGUUCAUCUCCUUAUUUUCGCUUUACAAACUAAUACCCACAAUUCAUCUAAAGCUUUGAGCGAUGUUGGCCAUUUUUCACAAGGCGUUUGCACAUCCGCCGGAGGAGCUCAACAGUCCGGCGUCUCGGGAUGGUUCAAGGAAGCCCAAGCUGCCGGAGGAGACCCUCAGGGAAUUUUUAUCUGCUCAUCCUGCCAACACUUUCUCUAUGAGCUUUGGCACUGCCGCAGCGCUAGCUUACGUUUCUCCGGACAGGUCCUACCCAACCCACCAAAGGCUGUUCGGUGGAUUUGACGACAUAUACUGUCUAUUCAUGGGGAGUUUGAACAACCUGUGCACACUGAAUAGGCAAUAUGGGCUGUCGAAGGGGAGCAAUGAAGCCAUGCUCGUGAUUGAAGCGUAUAGGACCCUGAGGGACAGGGGCCCAUACCCAGCUGAUCAGGUGGUGAAGGAUCUUGAAGGAAGCUUUGCCUUUGUCGUCUAUGACAGCAAAGCUGGGACUGUAUUUACUGCUCUGGGCUCUGAUGGAGGAGUGAAGCUGUUCUGGGGGGUUGCAGCUGACGGAUCUGUUGUGAUCUCCGAUGACUUGGGGGUCAUAAAAGCAGGCUGUGCCAAAUCUUUUGCUCCUUUCCCAACAGGGUGCAUGUUCCACAGCGAUGGAGGGUUGAUGAGCUUCGAGCAUCCAAUGAACAAGAUGAAGGCAAUGCCCAGAAUAGACAGUGAAGGGGUGAUGUGUGGAGCCAACUUCAAGGUUGAUGUCUACUCCAGGAUCAACUCCAUGCCUCGUGUUGGAAGUGAAGUCAAUUGGUCUAAUUGGGAGGAUUACCAUUAAACCCGCCUGCUCUUUCCUGCUCAUGGUCUGAUCUUCAUCAACAACAUCCAUCCCAACCAGCUUCCUAGCUUUCUUUCUUUUUAUGAUUUGAUAUCCUGAAUGUUCCUCCUUUCCUAGUUGGGAUUUCAUAGAAUAAAUGUCGCAAGAGUAAUGAUAUUUCACUACUCUUUGAACUAA